AUGCCUGGAUGCACUGUACAGGCGGGGGAGAACCGGACGUGGAGUGGAAGGUCGGGCUAUGUGGUCGGCAGUCCGAUCACCGCUGCGAUCUGCUACAAAUUCAAGAGUCUCCGUAGCCUCGUCGUGGGUGGGUUUGUUUUCCUACUUGCCUGGGCCAUAUGUAUGGCCACCACCUCACUGUGUAGUACCAGUGCCGUCUGGGGCUGCCAGGCUAUCCUUGGUGCGGCGCUUGCUUUCAUUCUCAACGCAGUUGUUGCUAGCGCACAAUUGAGUGCUCCUCCGGAAUUGAUUUCUAUCACCAGUGGUCUCGUCGCUGGGAUCAGAUCGCUUGGCGUGACACUUGGUGUGGCUGUUUACACCGCCAUCUUCCACUCCAGAACCAGCAGCCUUUUGCCGAAUAUGGUCUCCAAAGCGGCUCUGCAGAGUGGGUUGCCCAGAUCCUCUGUGCCAGCGCUAAUUCUGGGCUUGUCGGGUGGUGAUCCAGACCAGCUGGCCCAGAUCCCCGGCAUCACGCCAAAGAUCAUCAGCGCAGCUGCUCAUGCUCUCAAAGAAGCAUAUUUGAAGUCGUUCCAGUCGGUGUGGAUCGCUGCCUCCUGCCUGGCGGCUUGCGGCCUCAUAGGCUCCUUGUUCCUUGUCAACCCGGUCAAGGAUCUCAACAAUCACAUCGACAACCCUGCGGAGUCGGAGGAGGCUUUAUAUGGCGAGAAAUGA